CAGUGACUCAUUUGCAAUGGAUGUUCUUGACCUCCUUCUAGAGAGCUCCUCGGACUCGGUGAAACGAUGGAAGCCAGCUGCGUCUGAUAUCGUUUUUGUCCGCGAUGUCCAAAUCCAGGCACGUGUAGGGUCAGAUGCUUGGGAGCGCGACAAGGCACAGCCAGUCAUUGUUUCCGCGAGGUUGCCGUUUUCAAUCUCGCAAGCCGGAAAGACUGAUGACAUAUCUCAUACUCUCGAUUAUCGUACCAUUUACAAGACCAUCCGAUUUUUUGACACGGGAGAAAGCGCAAGCUCCACUCAACAUGGAGGGCUAAUAAGUCUUACUGAGACAAUUGCGGACGCGCUUAAGGUUGAACAAGGGGCACAGCUCGUCGUCGAGGCACCUAAAGCAUUCUUACAUUCAGAUGGUGUCAUUGUUAAAUUACAUUGCCUAGACUCUGACCGCACACGUCUUGCUGCUUUGGCUAUAAAACAACUACAUAUACCCUGCAUCAUUGGAAUAGGUGCACACGAGAGACUGCAAAAACAGCCCGUCAUCGUUGACUUAGCUGUUCCGGCAAGCGAAAUCAAGAGCAGUCAUUCCUUACCCAAUCUGCUUCGCAAUGUCUUUACGAAGUUCGAAAGCUCAACUUUUCUUACUUUGGAAGCUUUUGCUACAGCUCUUGCUCGGUACAUUGUUAUGGACCUCCCCUUUACCAAAGUAGCAGUGAGCGCAUACAAGCCAAGCGUUUUUAGCAUGGCUGAAGGCCCUGGAGUUCAGAUAUUGCGCAAUGCAGAAUAUUUUGAGACAGAGAACGCUUAAUUUACAUCUACGUCAGAAUUAAAUUUCAUUGGCAAGACCUCGUAAUUCAUUUUUUGUUCAUCGCUAUAUCGUCUGGUCUCUCAGUAUUACUGCUGAAGGAUAUCUAGAUAAUCCAACGAGCGUCGGCUCUUCAGGUGGGUCAAGCGGGCUUACUGUUUGUUCUCCAUCAAAGUUGUAUCUGGCUACCUCAGAGCUGGGUAAAUGAUAUACUUCUCCAUUCCUUGGUAGUACCAUCGGUAAGUUUGGAUUCAGCAAAGGAUUGAGUGUCAGUGAAUUGCUGUCAUUGUACCCGGGAGCUAGAUGACGGUCAUAACUGCAUUCAGAUAUAUCCAUCGAUGUACUCGCGAAUGAAGGCGGUCGUUGAUGAUGUGAUACGGCAUGCUCAACUGAAGGAGGCGAUGAAGAACGGCUCGGGAUUUCUGAACUUGUUGGCGAAGUUAUUGCAG